UAUAAUAAAAGCAAUUUUGAAAAGAAUCGACUUUAAAAUGAGGCCUAAAAUGUUUUUUUACAAAAUACUAAGAAUAGAUUAAAAAAAAAAAGUUAAAAAUAAAAAUUUCCUACCAAAUUUUUUGAUAAAAAACAAUGUGGAAUUGUACACACAUAAAUACAAACGAUAACGAUAUAACGAAUGGAUCAAUUUUUUGGUAUUUGGAAACGUAAUCGAGAGGGGAGCAGCCAUGAUAAUACGCGCAUAAUGAUCGCACAUACCUUUCUCUUAGCCUUUAUAAUUUUAUGUGCCUAUGGUCUGGUUUUUGUAGUCUCAUGUUAUGUCUUCCCAAAAGAAUUAUCAGAUCCAUGCCAUGGAAAAGUUUGUUCACAUGGUGCUCAAUGUACCAUAUCAUCAGAUGGCCAAAAUGCUACAUGCGAAUGUCCAGAAAGUUGUCCACAUGACAUUUCACGACCCGUUUGUGGUACAAAUGGACAUGAUUACAGAGAUACCUGUGAGCUACUUAAACAUGCAUGUGAAACAAAUUCUAAUUUCACUGUACAAUUUGAAGGAAUGUGCGAUCCUUGCGCCGAUAUGGAAUGUGCUGAACCCGAAGUAUGCCAAUUGGAUGAUCAACGUAAUCCCGUAUGCAAAUGUGGUGAAAUAUGCCCAAUGGAAUUUAUUCCGAUUUGUGGAUCAGAUGGUAAAACUUAUUCAAAUGAAUGCACUCUACGUCAAGAAGGAUGUCGGAGUCGACGUAACAUCAGAAUCGUUUAUCGUGGAAAAUGUAAUUCAGGUGUGAAUCCAUGUUUGGGUGUACAAUGUGCGUAUGGCGAAGAAUGUAUCAUCAAUAAAUAUGGAAUCGCUCAAUGCGAAUGUCCGCCAGAAUGUGAGCCAAUUAUGCGACCAGUAUGCUCAACCGAUAAACGUACAUUUCCAUCGAUGUGCGAAUUAAAACGUGAAGCUUGCAAUACUCGUACAAAAAUUGAAGUUGCCUACACUGGCGUCUGCGAUAAAAUUGGGCCAUGUAGUGAUCAUCAGUGUCAAUGGGGUGGUCAAUGUGUAGAAAUAAAUGGUAUCGCUCAAUGCGAGUGUCCUAUAUGCUCGACAGAAUUCCAACCAGUUUGUGGAUCGGAUAGUAAUUCAUACACAAACGAAUGCGAAUUACGUCAUGAAGCAUGCGUGCAUCGACGAACGAUUCGAGUACUGUACGAUGGUCCUUGCAAUGGAUGUAAGAAUAAGAAAUGUGAUUUUUAUUCAACUUGCGAACAUAAUGGAAUCAGCGAAGCGAAAUGUGUCUGUCCAAAUGAUUGCGCCACAAAGGAUACGGAUUAUGUUUGUGGGACAGAUGGAGUUACCUAUGAUAAUGAAUGUUUCCUGAAGGAAUCAUCCUGUAAAAACCAUCAAUUCAUCACUGUAGCAUACAAAGGUCAUUGCGAUAUGUGCAAAAAUGUUGAAUGUAAAAACGGUGAACAUUGUAAAGCAGGUGAAUGUGUUUGUCCUACGGAUUGUUCGGAGAGUGGAAUGGAACCUGUUUGUGCGUCAAAUAUGAUAACAUAUGCAAAUGAGUGUGAAUUAAAAAAGGUAUCAUGUCUAUUACCAGUGGGUGCUUCACCGUUGAAUGUAAUUUUUUAUGGGGAUUGUCGUGAACGAUUUGCUGUCAUUCCAGAUCCGAAUUCACAACAAACUACAAUAACACCAACUGAUACGAAACCUGCGAUAAAACAUCACCAAACACCUGCUAAAGAACUGUUACCAACGAGUAAGGUCCACGAUACAGAUUUAUCGUCAACGAAACGAGAAGCAUGUCGGGAUAUUCACUGUGAUUUUGAGGCAACUUGUGAGCUAGGACCAGAUAAAUUUCCACGAUGUACAUGUCGAUUCGAUUGUAAUAGUCCAGACGUUGUGGCCAAUAGUAAACCCGUAUGUGCAUCAGAUAUACGCACAUAUCCAUCACUAUGCGCUAUGAAAAUGGAAGCUUGUCAACGUCAAGAGGAACUUCGUCUUAGGCCAUUAGAACUAUGCCAAGGCAUGGAAGUAAAACCUUGCAAUGGUGAAAAUCCAUUAGUAGAUCCAAAUACAGGUAAAGAAUUGGAUUGUGGCAGUGGCCCAAGUCGUCAAGAUUGCCCAUCAGAUAGUUAUUGUCAUCAAACUACACGAUUUGCUCGAUGCUGUCGAAAAACUCAAAAUAUUUAUCCAAAAAGUUGCCAGGAUUCAUGGUACGGAUGUUGCCCGGAUGGUAAAACACCAGCUCAAGGACCGGAUCAUGCAGGAUGUCCGUCACAAUGUGGAUGCCAUCGUUUAGGGUCAUAUGAUGAUACAUGUGAUCCAGAAUCGGGUCAAUGUCAUUGUCGACCUGGAGUCGGUGGAUUAAAAUGUGAUCGAUGCGAGCCUGGUUAUUGGGGUUUACCAAAAAUAUCAGUUGGUCAUCAUGGCUGUUUACCUUGUGGAUGCUCCACAUUUGGCUCCGUUCGAGAUGAUUGCGAACAAAUGACCGGUCGUUGUGUUUGCAAGCCAGAUAUUCAAGGACAAAAAUGUACGGUAUGUACAAGUCACGAUAAAGUCUUAGGACCAAAUGGAUGUGUUGCAGUGGAUCGUACAACUCCCCCGCCAUCUUCUUGCAAAGAAUUAAAUUGUCAUUUUGGUGCAAUUUGUACGGACCGUCGUGGACUUGCCAUUUGCGAGUGUCACUCAGAAUGUGAUAAUGAAACACCGGGAGCGCAACAAGUUGUCUGUGGAAGUGAUGGACAAACUUAUGAGUCUGAGUGUCAACUUCGUUUAGUAGCAUGCCGCCACCAACGCGAUAUUGUUGUUUACGCGUUUGGACCAUGCUCAGGUACAGAUUGGCCAGUCGCACAUUAUACACAGAUGCAAUACACGCAACCGGAUGAGCCACAUUAUCCGCUAUCGAAAUACACCCGGCAUUUAUUAACACCCGAAUCAAAAUAUUACUAUGCAAGACAUUCGUUAAGUACCGGACAUUGGGAAACACCACGAGACACUCCAACAAAUAUUAUUACGGGAAUCAACUUUAAUGCACAUGCUUAUCGUCCAACACCGGCCACAGUUAGAGUAAUAACCGCAUUAUUGGGCGAUUUAUGUACGAACGAUACCGACUGUUUCAUCGUGAACAGUGUAUGCAUUGGAGGAGCAUGUACUUGCAAAGAUGGAUUUGUACAAACUGCUGAUCGUCAAGAAUGCCUAGCAAAUUCGAUAUCAUUAACAACAACGGAAGAAUUUCACGCAUGCGUAUCAUCUCCAUGUCAUGGUGACAGCACAUGCAUUGAUUUACCAUCGUCCACAUUCACGUGUGUGUGUGGGGCCAAUUUUACGGGGCCACAAUGUGAACAAGAAAUGAACAUAAAGUUGAUCGAAACACCGUCCUUUGAUGGUAUGUCAUACAUAAAAUUACGUACCAUCAAGGCGUACCAUAAAGUCAACAUUGAGAUACAAUUUAAGAGCUACACGGAUGAUGCGAUACUUUUGUACAAUCAACAACAUACAGAUGGCAGUGGUGAUUUUAUAUCGUUGGCACUAAUUAAUGGUCAUGUGGAAUUUAGAUACAAUUUAGGUAAUGGUAUCGUAAAAAUAACGUCUUUAAAGAAAAUCGAAAAAGGGCAAUUUCAUCAUGUUGUCGUAAAAACGUACCAUCGUGAUGGAAUGCUAAAAAUUGACGAUAACGAAGAAGUUGCUGGACAUUCCACUGGAAAAUUACGAGCAUUAGAUUUGAAGGACGAUGCAUUUAUUGGAUUUAUUCCAACAAAUAAUACAAGAAUUUAUAAAAAUAUUGGCACGAAAAAUGGAUUUAUGGGUUGUAUACAACGUUUGAAGAUCAAUCAUCGAAUUAUCGAUGUUCAUCCGACCAAGGAUGAGUAUGUGAUUGGUGUAUCCGGAAUUACGGAAUGUAGGGAUAAUUAUUGUUCGAAAUUACCAUGCAAAAAUGGUGGUACAUGUUUUUCUAUCCCAAAUAAUCAUCGACGUUAUGUUUGUAAUUGCUUAAGUAAUUAUACCGGAGAACACUGUGAAACGCAUAUCAGUCCAUGUGCGUCGAAUCCUUGUUUAAACGGUGGCAUUUGUGAAGUCUUACCCAACGAUCAAUACUAUUGUAAAUGCUUACCGGGGCACACAGGCGAGAAAUGCGAUCAAGCGGAUAUCGAAGCUAAAUUUGCAUUAAUAUCCGUACCAGAAUUCAAUGGUACCGCUUACAUUCAGUAUCCACGCCUGGAAAAUGUUAAAAAAUCAUUAUCAGCUGAAAUUUGGAUACAACCGUACACUCCAAACGGUCUAAUAUUUUAUACGGCUCAACAUGGUAAAAAUAGCGGUGGGGAUUUUGUAGCUUUAAAUUUAGUACAUGGACAUGUACAGUUUCGUUUUAAUUUAGGAAGUGGAAUUUGUAAUAUCACGUCAAAAGAUAAACUAAAAAUGUAUCAUUGGUAUCGGAUCAAAGUUCAUCGAUACAAUCGUGACGGAUAUUUACAAAUUGAUAAUGGUACUAUUUUAAAAGGAUCUUCGGGUCCUUUAUUAGGAGAAUUAAAUUUAGAUCUUCCCUUUUAUAUUGGUGGUUUACCAAACUUUUCGGAAAUAAAUCGAUUAGCUGGUGCGACCAAAGGUUUUCGUGGUGCAAUUCAACGGAUUAUCUUGAAUGGAAAAGAAUUGAACAUAUUACAAGCACAAUAUAAGUGCAAAACAAAUUUAAAACAUAUCAACAUGUCUGCAUUAACAACCUGUAAAAUAUAUCACAUGAACUAUUACGAUGGACCUCCAUGCUCCAAAAAAGAUUAUCCAUGUUAUCAUGGUGGCAUUUGCGUUCCUGUUUUCAACGAUUAUGUUUGUCAUUGUAAAGAAAAUCGUCUUGGAAGAAAUUGUGAAAUUGGUCCAGAUAUCAGUAAAAAAUCAAUAAAAUUCACUGGACACAACUUUUUACAUUAUCGAGGACGUAAACCAAGUGAUCAAUUUACUAACUCGAAUCAAACUGAUACUGAUGAGGAUGAUUUCGACGAUUUCAUCGACGAUUAUUUCGAAGAGUAUAAAAUUGAUGAACAAAACAAUAUCGAUGAACAUGAUAAUUUCAACUAUGAUCUUUUCACUGGGCGAAAGGGUGAACGUGGUAAUAAAUUUGAAAUAAUUUUACGUACAUUUCAUUCAGAUGGUUUAGUUUUAUGGCGUAGUAAAAAUCGAAAUCCAUAUAAUUAUUUGGCAAUAGCGAUUGUUGAUGGAUAUCCAGAAUUUAGUUAUAUUCUGGGAAAGCAAACGGAUUUCUGGUCGGUGAGAUCACAAACUCGAAUAAACGAUGGUGCUUGGCAUACGAUUACUGUACGCCGCCAAAAACGUGUUGGACAUAUCUCAGUAGAUGGUUCGGUUGCCGAACGUGGUGUUUCUUGGCCGGGUGAAAUAUAUUUCACAGCAAAUCCAAAAAUUUGGCUUGGUGGAGCACCAAAUCUACCAAGUGGGUUACCCCAAUCAUAUCAUGAAGGCUUUAAAGGGUGUAUUCAAAGUGUCAAAGUGAAUAAUAAUUAUUUGAAUUUAAUGAAAACACCGAGUCCAUUGCAAUAUUGUCACGAAAAUGAAGUGUAAUUGUAUUAUAUAUAUAAAUAUUUAUAUUUAUUUUAACCAUAGACGUAGAGAAUGAACAGCACGAUCCAAAAAAAAAAAAACUGAACCUUGUUGUCUGUAGUUUAUAUUAUUCUCGUCAAUUUGUCCAUUUUCUAAGUCUAUGAUUUUCCACAAACACACAAAAACUAUGAGGGUUCUAUUAAUUCCGAGUAUCUACUAAAAUUUGAUGAACGUUUUGAAAAAUUGCUGUCAGUUUUCAUCGAAUUUCAAAUUCGAUUUAAACUUAUAAAAAAUUUAGACUGAGAACUAUUUUCGAUGGAUGCAUUUUUUAUUCUGUUUAAUUAGCGAUCGAAAAUACCCCAUUAAUCAGGAUCUAACUCCCAGAGCCAUCUUUACCCGGAGAAGCAAGGGCGCAGGGCCUACUUACACCUACUUACACAAUAUUUUUUUACAAAAAUUAGUAUAAAAAGGGUGCCAGAUAUGUUUACGAAGACAAAAAAAUAAAAAGAGAAACCCACAACCUGAUAAAAAAGUCCGAUUCAAAUUUCCAAUUCAUUCCGAUUGAAUUAUGAUUCAAUCCAAUAGAACCCAGUAUCAAAUCUCCAAUUCGAUUCCAUUUAUGAAUUGGUACCAAUUGAAAUUUCCGAUUAGUUCUAUUGGAUUGUAUCGGAAUAUAAUCGGAAUUUCAUUUCAAUUGAAUUUCGAUUCAAAAUUAUAAUUGGUUUUAAUUGGAAUGAAUCGGAAAUUUUUUUAAAUUGAAUCCUAUUCAGUCUGAUUGGUUGAAUUGGACAUUUUAUGAACGGGGAAUCAUGGUUCCUAUAUUUGAAAUAUCGGCCAGUCUUUACGAUUUCAUACCAUCAAAAAUAAAAAAUACGGCCCAAAAUUUAUAGGUUUCAAACAAUAUUUCGAUAAAAUUGAUUCCUACGUUUAUACUUCGAGGAGCAAAAUAUUGAAAAUUCAUGGCAGAUAAUAAACCUUGGCUACAAAUGAAUUUUACGAAAACAUUGCCUAAUUGAUAAUUUUUUUUUAAUUUGGUAGA